UUGACUGCUGUAGCUGAGUGGGUCGAGGUUGGUCAGUGUUGACAGAGAAGCAGCAUGAGACUCUUCUCUGCUCGGAUCAUGCAAGCAUGGGGAUAUUUGGAGGAAAAGACAUUUUGACAGCUCACUCAAAGAGAAGAAACAUGUGGAGGACCCUAACACUCUCACUGAUAGUUGCUCUGACAUUGGGGACAGAGGUGUCCCAGGCUGAGGAUGUGGGAUCCAUGGGGGCCGUCGAGAUGCUGGACGAGGAACAACUGUACAAUUUCAGUGACAUAUCCUCUGUACUAGGAAAGUCCCGACACCAGAUCAUGGCAGCUCAGUUUGAGUGCUACCUGAAGAUAAUCCACGAUCCACCACGUACAGAGGAAGGUUCUUACUGUAACCGUACAUGGGACGGAUGGCUUUGUUGGGGGGACUCAGCUCCAGGGACUGUCAUGCAGAUGUGUCCCUCCUACUUUGUUGAUUUUGACCCUGCUGAGAAGGUUACCAAAGUGUGUCACGCUGAUGGCCAGUGGUUCCACCACCCAGAAAGCAACAGAGUCUGGUCCAAUUACACCCAGUGUCAGGCCCACACCAAGGACAAACUCAAGUUCACCAUCAGUCUCUUCUACCUGGCCAUGGUGGGUAACAGCCUGUCCAUUGUGUCCCUGAUCAUCAGCCUCAUCAUCUUCUCCUACUUUAAGAGUCUCAGCUGCCAGAGAAUCUCGCUCCACAAGAACACGUUUCUGUCUUUCAUCCUGAACUCCAUUGUUAGAAUAAUGUGGCUCUCGCUCUCUAUGGCCAACACCCAGACCAUGAAUGCCAGCAACCCAGUGAGCUGUAAGGUCCUGGCUGUGCUGACUCAGUAUACAUUAAUGUCCAACCACUUCUGGAUGCUGUGUGAAGGAAUCUACCUCCACACGCUCAUCAUAGUGGCUGUCUUCGUAGGGGAACAGCAGCUCUUCUGGUAUUACGUCUUGGGAUGGGGUUUUCCCAUCAUUCCUGCCAUCACAUAUGCUGUGGCUCGUGGGCUCUUCUUUAAUGACUUGUGUUGGUUCAGUGCAGACACACAACUGCUCUAUAUCAUCCAUGGACCUAUUCACGUUGCACUGCUUGUGAACUUUUUCUUUCUCUUGAACAUCCUCCGGGUCCUCAUCACCAAGCUGAAAGAGACCCACUGCACGGAGUCCACAGCCUACUUGAAGGCAGUGAGAGCUACGCUCAUCCUUAUCCCACUGCUGGGAGUCCAGUUCAUCCUUCUCCCCUGGAGGCCAGACGAACGCAUCCGCCGGGCCAUCUUUGAAUUCACUGUAAACAUCCUUGCCCACUUCCAGGGACUCCUGGUGGCAAUUAUAUUCUGUUUCUGCAAUGCUGAGGCCCAGACAGCACUGAAGAGGAAGUGGGCUCAGUGGAAGUCCGCCUGGGGUAAAACCAGCUGGGGAGACAUGCCUAUCACCAACAACCACUUUAACUACCACAGCUCCUCCAUUACCGAAACCAGCCGUGCCACCAUCAGCUUGGAGCAUCCUGAUGCGCCUUCUGAACAAAACAGCCACGUCCUGUUCAAGGAGCGGAAGAACACCAACGGGCAGCAAAAGGACAGCAAGACGUGCAGCAACGGGGAGGUGGACAUGCUCAACAAGAUGGAGACCACCAAUGACGGAGGUGACGGCUGUGGUGCCAAGCACCACUUAUAUGUCGAUGCAGAAAGACAGGAGACUCAAAAAACUGAGCUUGCAGGUGAAUUUUCAUAAUAAAGGUAGAGUGGUUGGGCAGUGUAUGUACAGGAUGUACAAAAUAAAAGCACUUAAAAAGCAUGUGAUGUUCACACACAUACAUUUUUACAGUAUCAGUUUAGAGAAAUUAAAAUCAUUUAUAUAACUGUGACGUCCUACUAUAGUAAUGUUUUUUGUGUACAUUGCUGAUAUGAAGUCCACUUAUAUAUUUCAGUAUUUUUGUAAUGGAUUUCCUGUCAGAAUGGAGAAAGGUUCAAAACCCAAACCUGCCAGUUUAAUGUCAGAAACGCAGAGUUGUGUUUGUGUAAUCUGUCGCCUUAUGAUGCCUCUGAAUGCUUUACCCAUGCACCACUGUGACCAACAAAUGUCAGAGCCCACUGAUGUGAUCUAUUUUAUCAAAGACAGAUAAUAUAAUCAUCACUGUCCUGUAGAAAGUCAGCAUCCCCAUUUAAGAUGCUUUUUAUCUUGACUUAGAAAUAUUCAAUUCCUUGUAGUGUGUAGCUGUAUUUGAGCUGAUUUACCUCUUGGAACUACAGCUGCGUUCACAUAGAUUCAGGCAGUCGGCAAACCAGAUGUCAUUUUAGUGGAAGAGAGCAGGAUGGUAAACUUAGGUGAGGCUGGCGGAUAAUACUGCAAAAAGGUAACAGCUGUUGUUGUCCAAGCUAAUAAUUUUGGUGCAACAACACCUGAAACUAUCUAAACCUGUAUUCAUCCAUCUUCAGCUCCUGGAUGAGCUGAUGAAUAAGAUGCACGCAUGUGUUCUGUCUGACUUUAGAGUUUGGAGCGAGGUUAACAUUCAUUUUAAGUUUGCAGUGGGAGAGCUGCAUUGUAUGGCUGCUGUACAUGCAUUACUAGAAUAACCGUUCAGAACGUGUUGUCUGUUUGCCGUCCGCCUGAAUCCAUGUGAAUUCCACAUGAACAUUAUGGGUUACAACUCUCCAGUCGAACUAGCUUUUGCAGUCAGACUCCACUGUGCCAAGUUAGUGUAUAAAUUGUUUUCUAUCUCUUAUUAACUACACUUCAGUCAGCAGGGGAAGGACAAUUUCAAAUGACUUGUCAGGUCUUUAUUAUCAUAGUGCUUUGCAAUAUUCUGUUAUUAUUGUUGUGGCUGUUUCACUAUUUUUAUUGGUUUGUAUUAUUAUAAGAUGUUUUUUUCCCCCUCCCUAAUGCACAAAUACAAUUUACUGCCACUUCACGGAGAUAUAAUUUAAUCGUUUUUCCAUUGCACAUGUUCCGUGCUGUAUGUACACUGGCAGGCUACACUACUAGCACCUUUUCAGUUUCCACUGGAUGCUGAGAAAGUCUUAUGUUUGAAAAGUGAGCUAGUGGCAAAUGUAUUUGGUGUUCCUCCAGGAUGAAUCCACGCACAACGUACUGGGAAUACAAACGUUCCAGUGUAAAUACAGCAGGGUACACUGAUGCAAGGGGAAUUAGAUACAAUUGUGGUAAGAAGACAGCUGAGUAUGAGAAGGCUCUGUUAAAGAGCGGUGGUUCUUAACUCAUUCUGCACAGGGAUCCCACCCUGUACACUUUUGCCCCGAUGCUGCCCAGUAGAGAAACAGCUGUCAUGGACAUAUUUGUAAAGAAAUUUGAGAAACAUUCCAAUAAAACGUAAAAAGAAAUGUUCAAUUGAAGCAUAUUACUGUAUAUAUUUUUUAACACUGGCAUUUACGUGUGGAAAUAAAGUUAUUUGAUCAUAA